AUGAUUGCUCGGAUGGGAGUUUCGGUCAUGAUCUUGGUGCUGGUCCUGAUCUUGCAGAUCUACCUCAUGGCGGAGCUGAAGGCCUUGGUGACCUCGGUGGCCGUGAAUCAGAUCCGCAGCGUCUACGAUCGCUACGAGAUCAUCAUGUACGGAAACGACACAGCCCGCAUGGCGCGCACCGCGAAUGGCUUUCACCGUGGAAGAGAGCCAUACUUCGAUCCGCAGAACUUUGAAAAGUUAGAUGAGGAGGACAAGGAGCAAGUGUGUCAGAUCCCAUUGUCGCAGCCGACCUUCUUCAUGACUCUACUCACGAUCUGGACUUUCACUGUUGUUGCCGACAUCCGCAAGGCAAUCGAUACGUGGGUGCGGAUUGUCCGUAUCACACCAACUAUCGACUCUAUGAAAGACUCCAUGGAGCAAGCCGAGGGUUCCGAUGAGGAGUUUGUCAUCAUCGGCUUGACAGCUCCCGUCAAGAUCACCCUGUCGAUUGUUCUCUUCCUUCCGCGCCUCGUGGUGGAUAUCUACCUGCUAUGGUUGGGCUGCCGCUGGCUUACUGCAACGCCGAGCUUUGAAGACGUCAUUCUCAAUGCUGUUGCCUUGGAGUUCAUCCUGGUGUUGAACAACGUGAUUUUUAGCACGGUGGUGCCUUUGCAGAGUGUCGUGGACACCCGCAACACGCAAAUCCUUCCUCGAGAGAAGGGUCCAUUUGCUUCCCUCCGAGCUGCUGAGACAGAGACUCGGCAAAAGAACGUGAAAGUCUAUUUCCUCGAGCCGAUGGCACAUGGUGCGAAGACUGAGAUCGUGGAUGUCGUGGCCGCAAAGCAGGAAGGGCCUCAGCCGGACCUGGCUGAAGGUCAAGGCACAGCACCGAAGGAUGGCAUCGAUCUGGAGAUGUCCCACAGCGAAGCAACAGAUGAUCUGGGAAAGCCAACUACAGAGCAGCCCCCUGUCCGGCUGAUGUGCCUGGUCAUGCUGAGCAUGUUCCAGGGCUACGCCUCCAUGGUGGGCCCCCUGCAGUCGGCCUACAAGCACAGACUGGGAAUCAGUACGGAUGGAACCGCAGCGGCGCAUGCUUUCACUCAGGCAGCUGUAGGCGUCCACUAUGGCAAGUUGAUCGCUCGCUUGGGUCACAACCUCGUUUUUGCAUGCCUUAGCCCGUGGACUCGGGUGGUGAUUGCGAUGUGCUUCAUGUUCCUGGGAGUGACAAUCCCAACUUUCCUAGUCUUCACCAUGGGCUGGGACUGGGUAGGUUCCGUGUUCAUUGCUUACAUGCUCUCCGGCCUAGGGCUUGGAAUUUUUGAGGUGACCUUCCUUAGUGUCAUCACGCCUUUGGGAAGGGCCACAAAGGCAUGGGCAAUUGUGGGCUGCCCGAUGGGUUUCGCAACCAUCAAUAUCCUCGGCCUUACGGCGAGCUCCUUCGGUGUCGAAAUGGUGUACAUCUUCUACUACAUCCUGGCCUGCCUGCCGAUUGGCCUGGCCCUCUUCUGCCGCCUCGCACCUCGUGGCAGCACCGAGCUGAAGACGGCUAACUUUGGCGCAUCCCUGCUGCAGGCCAGGCGAUGGAUGCCAGGCAUGAUUCCGUUCUUUGCGGCACAGUUCCUCAGCCACUUUGCCAUGGAGAAUUGGCCAGCCAUCUUCUACAUGUUCCAUCCUCCCAUGGUGCCUCUCUUUGAUCCUCAUAGUGAGCAGCACCUCAUGAAAUGGGGCCAGUUCUUCGCUGUGACUUAUGUCUUCAUCUUCCUGGGUGAUUCCAUUAGCCGUCGCAUCGCUAUCUACAUAUCCACUCCCAGCCUGCUUCGGCGCCUAGCGUACUUGGGAGUGGCGAUGGCAUUGAUCGGCAUAGGUUUGUACCUGGAGUCGCUUGCCAUUGCCAUUGUCAUCCCCCUAGCAAUCUUCCUUGUGUUCUGGGGGAAUGGUACCAUCUAUGGUCUGACAGCCAACCACGUAGACAAGCACAUUCCAAGUGAGCACAACUUGGCGUCAUACUCUUUCUGGUGCUUCGUCGGUGACUUGGGCGCAAUUCUGGGAGGAAUUCUGGUGGACAACACCCACGAGGUGCAACCGACGGCCAAGAGCGUGCUGGCAGCUUUCGCAUGGGGAAUCGGAUCUAUGAUUUGGGUCCUGCUGUACAUGUACUUGCUGCAGGCCGUGUUGCCCCAGUAUCGUUGGGAUGUUCGCGAUGUUUGCAUUGAGUUCCUCGAAACGAAGACCGUGGGCGGCCCCUUCGAUCCUCGUUGGAAGCCGUCCUGA